AUGCGUUCGGAAAUCGGUAAACUAUCACUUGACAACAUUUUUCGCGAGAGAAGUAGUUUGAAUGAGAGCAUCGUCCUAGCUAUCAACCAGGCGGCAGCGGAAUGGGGCAUUGCGUGCAUGCGAUACGAAAUUCGCGACAUCCAGUUACCUGAGAAAGUGGUUGAGGCCAUGCAGAUGCAAGUGGCCGCUGAGCGUAAGAAGCGAGCGUCUAUUCUGGAGAGUGAGGGUGCCCGUGACUCGGCUAUCAACAGAGCUGAAGGUGACAAGCGAGCGGUCAUCCUGCAAUCCGAGGCUGAGAUGAGCAACCUCAUCAACCUGGCCAAGGGUGAAGCUGAGAGUAUCCGCGUGCGCGCUGAGGCGACGGCACAGAGUAUUGAAGUG